AUGAGCUUCGAGAAGGGUUCGAACGACGCGGAAGCUUCCGAUGAACACCGACUGAGUCGCGAAGGUCGUAGAAGAUCGCAUAAAAAGUUACGAUUUGGCGCAGCAGGCGAUCCCGCAAAACCUGAAGCACCAGAAGGAAAACAUGAAGCACCGAAACCGGCGGAAGCAGCACCACCAGCUGGAGGUGGCUCAACGGCACCGCCUGAUCGAACUGCACAAACGGCGACAAAGAAGUCUACGAUAUCUAGAAAAAGGACACAGAAGAAGAAAGUUAAAAAGCAGUUACCGGUGAAACGAGAAAUUAUGGGAGAAGGAGAUACUGUACAAAGCGAAAAGCAUACUUGGAGAGUGAUAAAAUUGCUUGGAUCCGGUGGAUUCGGUGAUGUGUAUAAGGUUGUGAAGCACAACGAUCCGGAUAAAACGGAAUCAGCAAUGAAAACAGAGAUGGUAAUCGGUGAUAGAAGAAUGUUACGAUUAAAGAUUGAAGUGAUGGUAUUGAUGAAAUGUCAUGAACAAACCGAUCCACAAUUUAAACAACAUUUUGUAGCGUUCGUGGAUCGAGGGAAAACCGCUAAAUUCAAGUUCCUUGUGAUGGGUCUGGUUGGAAAAUCAUUAGAGGAUAUUCGAAGAGAUAUACUUGGACAUAAUUAUAGCAAAUCAACAGUGAUACAAUGUAGUAUACAAACAUUGAUUGCCGUACGAGAUUUACACGGUAUCGGCUAUCUUCAUAGAGAUAUUAAACCGCAAAACUAUGCUGUUGGUCUUGGUGAGCAUCAGAAGACUGUAUAUAUGCUGGAUUUUGGUAUUGCACGGAAAUAUACGGUUGGAGAUACGAAAGAAGUGAAAUUAGCAAGAGCAAAAGUGAGUUUUUUGGGAACUGUACGAUUUGCCUCCAGAGCAUGUCAUAAAUGUAUUGAACAAGGCCGAAAAGACGAUUUAGAGUCGUGGAUUUUUAUGGUAUUUGAACUAUUUGACGACGCAAACGGUUUACCAUGGAAGCGUGUCGAUCGAACGAAAGUUGUACCUCUUAAAGAAAAAUUUUUCAAAAAUCAAUUAACAAAAUGCUACAAAAUCGUCCCAGCGGACUUUAAAAGAAUUGUUGAGUAUAUAGAUGGAAUGAAAUAUGAGGAUGAACCCGAUUACGUAUACAUCACGAAUUCUCUUAACGCCAUAGCAAAAGAGCAUAAAAUUGAUUUGAAUAGAAAAUUAGAUUGGAUAGGAGUUGUGGCAAAGCCGAAAAAGAAACGAGAGAGAUCAGAGAUGUCGUCCGACAAUCGACAAUCUGGUUCCGAAUCCGGAUAA